AUGAAUGCAAAGAUAGUAUCUCUUGCAAUUAUGAUAAGCGUCAGUUCAGCUUUGCUUAUAGAUCCAAGUGAAAGUGCCUCAAAAGCAUACUCCACAAGUGUUUCAAAUGGAUGGCAAUAUUUCAAACAAUAUCAACCCCCAAGUUACGACACACAUGCUUACCCAAAAUACGAAUUCGAGUAUGCAGUAUCAGACAAAAUAACUGGAGAUCAUAAACACCAGCAUGAAACAAGAGAUGGAAAUAGGGUUCACGGCGAAUACAGUCUGAUAGAAGCCGAUGGCUCUUUAAGAAGGGUUCAGUAUAAUGCUGAUCACUAUAAUGGAUUUCACGCUAUUAUAGUAAUAGCUUGCGCUGUAAUGACAGCCUGCCGGGCGGGUCUGUUGCACCAUGGUCCAGCAGUGUCAUCGCAUAAUAUCGCUCAUCAUGAGCAAAACAUCCAACACGAGCUCCCGGCCCACUAUUCUGCUGCCGUCCACAGCGCUCCAGCGGUUACUGCAUCCCAUUCAGUCCACGCCGCGCCUUCAAUUUACUCUGGUUAUGGUACUGAAGACCACUAUGUUGGCGAAUACGCUCAUCCUAAAUACGGUUACUCAUACUCUGUAGAAGAUCCUCAUACUGGAGACCACAAGUCACAGCACGAGGAACGCGAUGGAGACGUCGUGAAAGGCGAAUAUUCCCUCCUGCAACCUGAUGGUUCUUUCCGUAAAGUGACUUACACGGCUGACCAUCAUAACGGAUUUAACGCCAUCGUGCAUAACACACCGCCAGUGAUCCAUCAUCAC